GGAAAUUCGAUGAGAUAUAUUUUAGGUCAAUUCGGAAUUUUAUAUAAUUAUAAAAUAUGUUUUGAUUCUGUUUUCUAAUGUUUUAUUUAUAAAUCCUUUUAUCACAUAUUAAAUGAGAUAUUUCAACAAGUCUCAAUGAUACUAUCAAGGAAUAAUCUCAUAAGUUUCCCUAUCAGAAACAAACUACAAUAACCUCAAAUCUUGGAAAAAUAAGCUCGAAAUCGUGGAAAUCAAAGAUACACGCAUUAUGGAUCCAUAUAGACACAAAUUAUUAUAAAAUUAUAUAGCGAGUUGUUGUAAAGGUUCGCGUAAAGCGCGACACUGACACCGAUAAUAGUCGUUGGCACCACCAUGCGUCGAACGUCCGAGUCUAAAAAGUUCAUCUCAUCGUUGUAAACAACGUUGGAAGCAUCGUGUGGGACCCGCAUUAGGAAAUAGAAAUAUUUUUAAACACUGCUUGUUGAUUCCACAACACAUUACUAGAGUAGCCACAUUCAUAAGCUGUGCUCAUAAGGUUAAUCGGCAACAUUUCAUCACCACAAAUAGGAAGAAAUGGCUAUGGAAGCACUCCACUUGGUAAAACAAACUGGAAAAGCUUGUACAGGAUCAGUAAUAUUUUUGCAUGGAUCAGGCGAUACUGGCCAAGGUUUUUUGAACUGGGUGAAAUUCCUGAUGGGCUCCGAUUUUGGAUUACCUCACAUCAAUUUUUAUUUUCCGACAGCUCCUUUGAGGCCCUAUACCCCGUUAGGAGGCAGUACAAGCAAUGUGUGGUUUGACAGAUACAACAUAACUCCCGAUGUUCCAGAGCAUAUUCAAACACUUGAAUCAAUUGGACAAGAGAUGAAAGGCCUGAUAGGAAAAGUCGCGGAUUCUGGAGUGCCACUGAAUAGAAUUGUAAUUGGUGGAUUUUCCAUGGGUGGAGCACUUGCAUUACAUACUGCCUACAGAUUUUCCCCAGGGUUAGCAGGAGCCUUUGCCCUAUCUUCAUUCCUUAACAAUAAUUCUGUUCUAUACAGUAACGUAAAAACUAGGGAUACUCCUUUGUACAUGUGUCAUGGCGAUAGAGACACUUUAGUACCGAUUUCGUGGGGACAAAAUACUUUCCAAGAUUUAACAAAACUAGGAAUUAAGGGUGAAUUCACCCCUAUCAAAAAUACGUUACAUGAAAUCAAGCAGAAGGAAAUCGAAGAUCUGUUUAGGUGGAUAGAAAAGGUUUUACCUCCCGUUGAAAACAAAUAAUAAAUAGAAAUAUAUAAUACAACAUGGUGAAUAAACUGUAUAUAGAACAUAA